AUGCUCCCAGGUGUCCUGGCUGCCUUCCUCUUCUUGAGCUGGACUCAGUGUUGGUCCCUGCCCCUGCCCAGUGGUGACGAUGAUGAUGAUGUGUCUGAGGAAGACCUCCAGUUUGCAGAGCAAUACCUGAAAUCAUACUACCAUCCUCUGAAUCCCGCGGGAAUCCUGAAGAAGACUGCAGUAAGCUCCAUGGUUGACCGGCUCCGAGAAAUGCAGUCUUUUUUUGGCUUAGAGGUGACUGGCAAACUUGACGAUAACACCUUAGAUGUCAUGAAAAAACCAAGAUGUGGGGUCCCUGAUGUAGGGGAAUACAAUGUUUUCCCUCGAACUCUCAAAUGGUCCAAAAUGAAUUUAACAUACAGAAUUGUGAAUUAUACCCCUGAUAUGUCUCAUUCUGAAGUGGAAAAGGCAUUCAAAAAAGCCUUCAAAGUGUGGUCCGAUGUGACACCUCUGAAUUUUACCAGACUUCAUGAUGACGUUGCUGAUAUCAUGAUCUCUUUUGGAACUAAAGAGCAUGGUGACUUCUACCCAUUUGAUGGGCCCUCUGGUCUGCUGGCUCAUGCUUUUCCUCCUGGACCAAAUUAUGGGGGAGAUGCCCAUUUUGACGAUGAUGAGACCUGGACAAGUAGUUCCAAAGGCUACAACUUGUUUCUUGUUGCUGCCCAUGAGUUUGGCCACUCCUUAGGUCUCGACCACUCCAAAGACCCGGGAGCACUCAUGUUUCCCAUCUACACCUACACUGGCAAAAGCCACUUUAUGCUUCCUGAUGAUGAUGUUCAAGGAAUCCAAGCUCUCUAUGGUCCAGGAGAUGAAGACCCCAACCCUAAACAUCCUAAAACGCCAGACAAAUGUGACCCCUCCUUAUCUCUUGAUGCCAUUACCAGUCUCCGAGGAGAAACAAUGAUCUUUAAAGACAGAUUCUUCUGGCGCCUUCAUCCUCAGCAGGUUGAUGUGGAGCUGUUUUUAACAAAAUCAUUUUGGCCAGAACUUCCCAACCGCAUUGAUGCUGCAUAUGAGAAUCCUUCUCGUGACCUUAUCUUCAUCUUUCGAGGUAGAAAAUUUUGGGCCCUUAAUGGUUAUGACAUUCUGGAAGAUUAUCCCAAAAAAAUAUCUGAAUUGGGAUUUCCAAAAGAGGUGAAGAAAAUUAGUGCAGCUGUUCACUUUGAGGAUACGGGCAAGACUCUCUUCUUCUCAGGAAACCAGGUCUGGAGGUAUGAUGAUACUAAUCAUAUUAUGGAUAAAGACUAUCCCAGACUCAUAGAAGAAGACUUCCCAGGAAUUGGUGAUAAAGUAGAUGCUGUCUACGAGAAAAAUGGAUAUAUCUAUUUUUUCAAUGGACCCAUACAGUUUGAAUACAGCAUCUGGAGUAACCGUAUUGUUCGAGUCAUGCCAGCAAAUUCCCUAUUGUGGUGUUAA